GCGACCGUGACCACGACCUCCAACUCAACUGCUUAGGGCAAAUUAGCAUACCAUAAAUGCGGCACAGCAAUUAUUCCUUGUACGCAUUUGAAUGCUUCGUCCUUGCACACUCGUGAAUCGAUUGUGUUUGGUCGCGUGAUCUUUCGCCCUAUAACUCUCUGCCUCAGUCGACCAUCACAACCCUCAGUCAGUUCAGCAAUUGAUAUACGAAAAUGGGCGGAACUACCAGCUCUUUAUGUGCACACGUGGAAACCAAAAAUCAGCAGGAGCCCGUUGAAACAGUGACACCGACAAAACCUUUGGAAACUGUUUCCUCAACAAAGUCAGAGAGAAGAGGUGAUGUUGAAAGUGUGUCUAAACAAGCAAGCCAGACUGAGGUAGUGAAUGUUGAAGAGGAAAGGCGGGACGACGCGAUGGGAAUAUGUUGUCCACAUCAGUGGGAACAAGCCGAUGUCCGCAUUGAAGACAAGCCCGAAUGCGUUCAGCCGAACGAUCAAGAAAGUUUACUUGACUCUUCUGAAACCACUGAAAUAAGAGAUUAUGGAGAGACAAACCAACAUGCCUACGAAGGACACGAUCUGGGGCAUCCAAUAUGGAAGUUAUUUCCUGAGGAUCUGGACCAACGCCAUCAAAGUGUCAGCUCGUAUGAGACAAACAAACAAAGCUCUCACAUAGCUGACGACUAUGACCGUUUACCAUAUGAUGUAAAGGAAACUAAUGACAAUUACGGAGUAAACAGCGCGGAAGGUAGGACUGGCGAUUUGAAGGGGAAUUUUGUUGAUAACGACCUGAGUGAACCAAACGACUUGAGUUCAACAGCUCCUGAAUCCCCGAGAUCAAAUGCAGAGAUGUUCCAGUCGAUAGCGAAACAGAGGGAGAAUUUGCCAUGCUCAUCAGCCGACAUAAAUUUUGGUGCAUUACAACAGAGGAAUAUGCUUAAUACCAUCGUUCACCCUGGUCAGCCAGAUGGACGAAUUCACUGUCAUUCAGCCCAUGGGUAUGGAACAAAGAAAUCUUCUCACUUUACAAGACCUGCAUCAAGUGGGGGCGAGCAAAACGAUGUCAGACCUCGAUUCAUGGAUUUACAUAGUCCAGUAAAACUUCCUGAGGUGAGCGACGUCAUACCUUUGGUGCAGUCUACCGUUGAAGUGCGACCUCCGCCCCACAAGCAUAGUAUACCUGAGUUGGAUGGACACCAACAAAAUGCGUACCCCCGAGAUAAGUUAAACGAUAGGAAUAGAUCGUUAUUAGAUUUGGGUCCAUAUACUCAAGUGGACCAGCCGGAAGAACGCUUGCGCGAAGGCCACGUAAUUGUGAUAAAUGAAACUGCCGACUCAGAAACCUCAAUGUACGCAUGCGCUGGGGGACCAAGCGAUGAUCCUCUAAGCGUUAUAGGUGAAAUAGUGGAAAGAACCUACACGACGGAUACAAAAGAUGAUACAGAAACAAACCAAAAGAUUGAUGAAAUCAAGCUCGAUCCAACCGGAGGCAAGCAUUUUGAAUCAGACGAGAGACAAACAGGCAAGCGCUCUACAUCUCUGUCAUUAGUCACCAUAAACAAGCCUGAAGUUGAGGUAACGCUUACAAUGGAAGAGAUUGCAGCUUCUGUUAAUAAUUUAACACGUCACUCUCUGACGGAAGAAGGCGAUCCACCAAGGUCGCUGUUCAGUGAAGGAGAUGCAACGAAUUACCUGGCCACCCUGAAUCAACCACGUAGUGUUUUUGGUUAUACACCUAAAAGUUUACAACAUACCGUCGCUUCGAAUAGUGAUCUCUACGUCUGCAAUGGCGUUCAUCAACAGACCGAAACACCACUUGUGAUAGGAAAAAAGGAAGAAACAAAGGGUACACAAGACGAGCCAUGCAACAUUGACAUUUCCUGGGAAGGUGCCAUUUGCACUCCGAAUCUAGAUGAACAUGUUAUAAGAAAACUAGAGGAGUCAGUAGUCCAGAUGUCGAAGGUGGGUUUGGUGUACACUGCUAAGAAGCAGCGGGUAUGGGGAACGAACAGUGAACCGCAGUCCCCCGAUACCAUGCAUGAUGAUGUCCAGCAGCGGAAAUCAGUGUACACAGCCGGGUCGAUUCAGGGCAAAAUCGCUCUAAUUGGAAGUCAAACGUGCUCCCCAGCACCUCCCGAAAAAGUUGCACUUGGCGUGACAAAAUAUCUGCGCGUACUACAGUCUGCCGAUGAUUUUGACGUUCUCGCAGCUGAAGGUGAAUCCAACCAAUCUAUGUCAGAAUACAAUGUUUUGCACCAGGUUCAGAAACAGUCAAGUUUACCAUGUGUUGUUGUGGACACGCCAGAGAAUGAGGACCGCGUAAGUGUUUCAUCAGAUGGAUGUACAAGUAGUCCACAGUUUGGGAGUACGAGUCAGAACACCAAUGAUCCGCAUUCUAACAAUGUGCCCGUCAAGGUGAUAUAGAACACUGGGAGCCUAAACAAGAGAUGCAAGUAACCGCAGCCUAUGUAUUUAACGGUUUACAUCCAGCGCAUUAAGCUUAAGGGACUCGCUUUUCAGAAGCCCGUCGCUUGUAUGGUAUUUUAAUUUGCAUUAGUAUAUACCAAUGACUCUAAUGCGUAUAGUGAACAAAAGAAGGCGUGAUUCCGCAUUAGUACUACCCAGGUAAGCGCAACAAGUGCUGCGUUUGACUUUGUUUUCCUCUUUCACAAAAUUUGUAUACGUCUGACUAUUCGUACAGGAUCAUUUUCCGAGGUAUACAGAGGUUUAACUGCCUAGUUUUUGCUUCUUUUACUUUGGAUUUUAUUCAGCAUUGAUAAAUAUUCUGUUAUGAAAUGAAAUAUAAUUUUAGUUUCCUUCAG